CUUUUGUACUGAGCAAUUGGGCACGUUCUCUUUCCGUACUCCCCAGAAAGGCGGAAGGAAUGUUGCAACAAUGGAAGGCGUUCGAGGGAUUGUUACUGUAACAGUUUUUGGAACGCUGCUGUGUCUCGGCGUUCCAGGGGCGGCGCGGCGGCUGGCCGGGCACCCGGGGCAAAGCAAUGUCAUCCAGGCGUUCGUCAUCCCUCACAGUCACAUGGACGUUGGCUGGGUUUACACCGUGGAGGAAAGCAUGCAUGCAUAUGCAGCCAAUGUUUACACCACUGUUGUGGAAGAACUGGUAAAGAGGAAACAGCGCAAAUUUAUUGCGGUAGAGCAGGAGUUCUUUCGACUCUGGUGGGAUAAGGUAGCCACUGAUGCACAGAAAAAGCAGGUGCAUCAGUUGCUGGAGGAGGGGCGUUUUGAGUUUAUCAUCGGAGGGCAAGUGAUGCAUGAUGAAGCAGUUACAGAACUCAGUUCCCAGAUCUUGCAACUCACAGAAGGGCACGGUUUCCUGUAUGAAACAUUUGGAAAACGGCCUCAGUUUUCAUGGCAUGUGGAUCCCUUUGGUGCCUCAGCCACCACACCCACAGUGUUUGCUUUGGCUGGUUUUAAUGCUCAUCUCAUCUCUCGCAUUGACUAUGAUGAAAAGGACAUGAUGCAGAAAAAGAAGAAACUUCAGUUUGUAUGGCAAGGUUCUCCUUCUUUGGCCAAACAGCAGGAGAUCUUCACUCAUACUAUGGAUCAGUACAGUUACUGUGUUCCUGCUUCCCUGCCAUUCUCCAACAGAUCUGGCUUUUUUUGGAAUGGAAUUGCUGUUUUUCCUGACCCACCAAAAGAUGGAAUUUACCCUAAUAUGAGUCUCCCAGUGACCGCUCAAACAAUUCGUGCCUACGCAGAGACCAUGGUAGCAAACAUCAAGGAGAGAGCAGCCUGGUUCAGAUCCAGUCAUGUUCUGUGGCCGUGGGGUUGUGACAAGCAGUUUUUCAAUGCCUCUGUGCAGUUUGAGAACAUGGAUCCAUUAAUGGACUAUGUCAACCAACAUAGAGAUGAAUUUGGAGUAACAGUGCAAUAUGCAACAUUGAGUGAAUAUUUUCAGGCUGUUCACAAUGCAAACCUGACAUGGGACAUUCGCGGGAGUCGUGACUUUCUCCCUUACUCCUCAGAGCCAUUUCAAGCCUGGACUGGAUUUUAUGCCUCUCGGAACAUACUUAAAGGAAUGGCCCGGAGAGCAAAUUCUUUCCUUUAUGCUUGUGAAUCUCUUUUCACUUUGUACCUCUUGAAAUACCCCUUGGGAUCUAUUGAUAAAUUUUGGGCUCUUCACAAAAUUCAGCAGCUGAGAUGGGCAGUCUCAGAGGUACAGCAUCAUGAUGGUGUAACUGGGACAGAAUCUCCCAAAGUGAGAGAGAUGUACAUGGAUCACCUACUGCAAGGGAUGACUGCUGUGAAAUUGGUAAUGGCUGCCAUACUUCAAGAAACUCUGAAUAGUGGGAAGAAUAAAUUUGCUUAUCCUCUUCCUUACAGUCAAGACACCAGAAGCAGAGAGGGUGACUCUUUACAGAUCAUUGCUUACAAUCCUCUUGGAUGGAACAUCACAACUGUUGUUAAUAUCACUGUUGCUUAUUCAAUGGUCAAUGUGUAUGAUGAUGCAGGAAAUGCUGUACCAUCGCAGAUUCAAAAAUCUGCAGGCUCUAACAGCACCUUUGACCUGUAUGUUCUCGUAAGGCUGGAUGCUCUCAGCUAUCGUAGGUACUUAGUAAAACCAAAAAAAUCAACUUGCACCAAGGGACAAGAUGGCCAGUGUUCCAGAGAACCAACCUCGUACAGAGGGAGAGAGAUUGCAUUUGACAGAAAACUGGUAGGCAAAUCGAAAAAUCGAGGCCUUAGACUACUCCCGUUGAUGAAUGAGUGCUAUUUAUUGUUGCUCAAUGAGGAUACCAACUUGCUGCACAGCAUCACUGAUAGAUCCUCCCAGAAGACUGUCAAAAUCAAGCAGGAAUUCUUGGAGUACCACGCUAAUGGAGAUGUAAAGCGAGGCCCAAUCUCCGAUAAUUACAUAUUCACACCAAGUGGACCAGCAGUGACAGUCUCAAAGUCUGUUGGAAUGGAAAUAAUUACUGGAAAACUAGUAACUGAAAUUAGGCAGUACUUCUAUAGCAAUAUCUCUGCCCUGGCAAAUGAAUACCAAUAUGCAAUAUUCACGAGGAUCUAUAACAUACCUAAAGGGUAUGAUGGAUCACUGUUGUGCCGUAGAAUUGAGCAAGAGUAUAUUGUUGGGCCACUAGACCUGAACAGGGAAGCGAUUUUAAGGAUGACUACAGAUCUGAAAACGGAUAGGAUCAUUUUCACUGACAGUAAUGGUUACCAGAUGAUGAAGAGACAGUAUAAGGACCAUACCAACAACACUCUGGCCCGAAACUACUAUCCGCUUGUAAGGACUGCUUACAUUGAGGAAAAAGACACAAGGCUCAUCAUAUUAUCCGAGAGAGCACAUGGUAUUUCCAGCCAAUUUGAUGGGCACGUGGAGAUGAUGCUUCAUCGAAGAUUAUGGAACAACAAGGAAUGGAACCUGGCCUACAACCUUACACUGAAUGACACCUCUGUUGUGCGUCCACUUUUCUGGCUAAUGUUGGGUUCAAAAGCCACAACUUCAUCCUUGUAUCAGAGUGGAUUAGCACUUGAGUUUAGGCCUGUCGUUGUGUUUGGGUCUGCCUCAGGAAAUGCGGCACAAUCAAUUAAAUCACUCGGUGACAAUGCAGCAAAUUCUUUCUCUCUCCCAUCAAACCUUCAUCUUCUUACACUCUCUGUGCCUGGGUGGCAGUACAAUUCAAACCACAAUGAACACCUGCAAAAUAUAGUUCGAGGUAAAUGGUCUAAGCCAGACUUUCGUCGGGUUCUACUGAGAAUUCUACAUUUAUAUGAGGUGGGAGAAGAUCCUGUACUAUCCCAACCUGUGACAGUCAACUUGAAGGAUUUGCUGAAAACAUUGGGAACAGUGGUAUCCAUUGAAGAACGCUCACUCACAGGAAUCUGGAACAUUAACACCCUCCAGCGUUGGAAGUGGAGAACAGUGCAGCAACAUGACAUCGAUCUUAACAAUGCUACGAGAAGUCUGACUGAAGAAUUCACAGUCACCAUUCAUCCCAAGGAGCUGAGAACAUUCUUUGUGCACUUUAAAGAAUAAAAAAAUGUGAUGUCUGAAAAUUUAAGCAAACCAAUUUCCCCCACCCAGCCACAGAUGCUGCUUGACCCAUUGAGUUCCUCCCACAGGUUGUUUGUUGCUCCAGAUUCCAGCAUCCAUCUGUAACCUUAAAAUAAAGUUCUUGUUAUUUACAGGUGAGAAUUUUAAAAAAUACAUCAAGCUGAAGUCUUUGCAGGCUUUAUCUUGAAGUUUACAAUUUAAGAUUUUAAUACUGAUUGUUUUUGUGACAUUUGCCUUAAAAUUAAUUUAUAAGUUACUGUAUAUAAAUGUGAUUGUACCUUUAAGAACUGAAUGCAAGAUUUUUGAUACAUGGUUAUGGCACUUUCAUAUCGUUGGUUGAGAGCUGACUGCCUUCAAUAAAGCCGGUUCUGUUGUUAA